UUAAUGUCGGACGACGAAGAGACUGGGCCUGCCGGAGUUAUGUCUGGUUCCAUGUUGGGGUCGCUGGUUGCAUACGACUGUCAGACCCAGACCUGGGAGGAGUAUUGUGAAGUGUUGGAACAUUUUUUUGAGGCAAACCAGAUCAUGGAUGCGGGCCGGAAGCGAGCUAUAUUGCUGAGCUCGGUGGGCAGCAAGACGUACAGUCUGAUGAGGAACUUAUUGAGUCCGGAUAAACCGGGGGAUAAAUCGUUCACGGAGUUGACGAGCUUGCUUCAGUCACAUUAUAACCCGAAGCCGAGUGCAAUAGUCCAAAGGUUCAAGUUAAAUUCAAGGACUAGAAUGGCCAAUGAAACAGUAACGGAGUAUGUCGCAGUGCUGAGGGAACUGGCGCAACACUGUAAUUAUGGGGACAGACUGACAGAAAUGCUACGAGAUAGGCUCGUAUGUGGCAUUGCAGAUGACCGCAUACAACGCAGAUUGUUAGCAGAGCCUGAGUUGUCGUUUGAAAAGGCCUUGAAGUUGGCACAGGCCAUCGAGACGGCGAAUAAAGACAUUCGUGAUUUACAACCAAGAACCAUCGAAGGGGUGGGAAGCAGGUGUGCUACCCCACUGCCCGUGCAUAAAGUGGUCGGGCAGCAUAAAUCACAAGGGAAGUCUGGUCAGUAUGCCUGUUACAGGUGUGGCGGAGAACAUCUGUCAAGGAACUGUCGUUUCUUAAAUGAAAAAUGUCAUGCUUGCGGAAAAAAGGGCCAUGUGAAGAAGAUGUGCCGAUCAAUGCCCUCUAGGGACCAGCCGAGAAAGGGGGAAGAAAAGAGCAGUAUGAUGGACAGGAAGGGAAACCGGAAGAUUAAACGGCAGGGUCCACCAGCAAAGAUACACGUUAAAGAAAACGCAACGCCAAGAUUUUACAAACCUCGACCCGUACCAUACGCAAUGAAGAAGAAAGUAGAGAUUGAGUUGGAGCGACUCACCAAGCAAGGUAUAAUUGAACCAGUGAAGUUUUCGGAAUGGGCGGCACCCAUUGUUCCAGUAUUAAAGCCAGAUAAUACGGUACGCAUAUGUGGUGACUACAAGCUAACAGUGAACCAAGUUUCGAAACUGGAGCAGUAUCCAUUACCCAAGGUGGAGGAUGUAUUUGAAAAGCUGUCGGGAGGUGAAAAGUUUAGUAAACUGGACCUCAGUCAGGCAUAUCAACAAGUAGUCCUGGAAGAAGGGUCAAAGGCCUAUGUAACCCUUAACACACACAAAGGGCUGUUCCAAGUCAAUCGUUUACCUUUUGGGGUUUCCUCUAGUCCAGCUAUUUUCCAGAGAAUAAUGGAGGGACUGGUGGCAGGAAUUCCGAAGGUGGCUGUGUAUCUGGAUGACAUCCUGUUGACGGGUAGGAACAAUGGCGAGCAUUUGGAGACUCUGAACGAGGUGCUAAGUCGACUGCGAGAGGCUGGUUUACGGGUGAAGAGGAAUAAAUGUGCUUUCAUGGUAAAGGAAGCAGAGUUCCUGGGUUACAAGGUGGAUGCCUCGGGCCUCCACCCCCUGCCGGACAAGGUAAAAGCCAUCCAAGAGGCACCUGCACCCACAAAUGUUACGGAGCUGAAGGCUUAUUUAGGCUUACUCAACUAUUAUAACAGGUUCCUGCCAAAUCUGUCAACGCUGUUAGCUCCUUUACAUAAACUGUUAAGGAAGGAGACCCUGUGGACGUGGCAGGAGGAACAAGACAAAGCGUUUGAGCAGUCCAAGGAACUAAUGCAGUCUUCAGAGGUUUUGGUGCACUACGAUAGUCGCAAGGACUUAAUUUUGUCAUGUGAUGCCUCACCUUAUGGGUUAGGGGCCGUGUUGGCACACCGUAUGCCAGAUGGACAAGAAAGACCCAUUGGGUUCAUGUCACGAACUUUAACACCAGCGGAGUCAAACUAUUCCCAGCUAGACAAAGAGGGUUUGGCUGUAAUGUUUGGAAUUAAGAGGUUCCACAAAUACCUCUAUGGCAGGAAGUUUACUGUGUGCACCGAUCAUAAGCCUUUGUUGUCAUUGUUCAACGAGAUGAAGGCCGUGCCUCAGAUGGUUUCUCCCCGAAUUCAGAGAUGGGCUGUAACAUUGAGAGCUUAUGAAUAUGAGAUUUUUUAUAAGCCCGGAAAACACCAUAGCAAUGCGGACGUGCUGAGCCGUCUGCCGCUACCGGGGCCUCUCCAGCGAGAGGAAAUGGAGGACCGAGUGUUGAUGAUGGAGGACAUCACGUUGGUGUCAGCGAAGGAAUUGAGCGAAUGGACAUGAAAAGACCCAGUGUUGGCUCGAGUGUUUCAGUGGGUCCAGCAAGGCUGGACCACACAACAACCUGAUCCAGUUUUCCGGCCGUAUGAGGUGAGGAAAACAGAGCUGAGUGUGCAAGAUGGAUGCGUGUUGUGGGGGGCAUGAGUGAUAAUUCCGCCCCCAGGAAGACGUGCACUUUUACAACAGCUGCAUCAGGGUCAUGUGGGCAUCACACGAAUGAAGGCCUUAGCACGAAGUUAUUUCUGGUGGCCAAAGUUGGACCACGACAUUGAAGUUGCUGUGAAAGAGUGUAACACCUGUCAGCAGCAUCGCAACUUACCUGUGGCGGCACCACUACACCCAUGGGAGUGGCCGAGUAGACCUUGGCAGAGACUUCAUAUAGACUAUGCAGGGCCUUUUAUGGGGGCACUGUUUUUGAUAAUAAUGGAUGCUCAUUCUAAAUGGAUGGAUGCCUACCCAGUCAAAACACCCACUUCCACUACUACCAUUGAAUGCUUGAGAAAGAGUUUUAGUAGCCAAGGCUUACCCGAGACUCUUGUAUCAGAUAAUGCUUCAUGUUUCAUGAGUGAAGAGUUCAAGGGUUUCCUGAAAAAAAAUGGCAUUGUACACGUCACAUCAGCACCAUACCAUGUAGCUUCAAAUGGCUGUGCUGAAAGGGCUGUCCAGACCUUUAAAGCGAUGAUGAAAAAGGCCGGAGACGGAAGUAUGGCAGCCAAAGUAUCAAGGGUGUUAUUCAACUACCGCAUUACACCCCAGUCUACCACGGGAUUGUCCCCUGCCGAGAUGUUGCAAGGAAGGAGAUUAAGAUCCACAUUGGAUCUGGUGCAUCCCAACAUCCGAGCUAAGGUAGAGAGGAUCCAGUGGAGGCAAAAAGAACAUCAUGAUCGACGACGGAGAGGAAGAAGUUUCUUGGAGGGUGAUGCAGUGAUGACGCGAAAUUUCAGUUAUGGACCUAAAUGGAUUCCAGGGUUUAUUGUCCAGAGCACGGGUCCCCUGUCAUACCAGGUGAGGUUGAAUGGAGGUUCAGUGGUGAGGAGACAUGUAGACCAGAUUCUGCGGAGUGCGCAGGCGAAGAACUCCAUGGAACUGCAAGCCACGGAAAUACCGUUAGUUUCGGGAGAGGGGCUCGCAGCAGCAGGAGGGUCUCCGAUCUUGGGGGCCGAGGGAGACCGCCGGAAUUCAGAAAGAGAGGUUCCCGAGGACCCAACUUUUCCAGGAAUGGACACACCGGUACCAGAGGGGGUAACUGUGACACCGGAGUCACCUAGGGUGGUACCAUUGCGCCGUUCUAAGCGGGCACUGGUUAAACCAAGUUACUUGAAGGACUAUCAAUGUUACAAUUGCAUGUUUAGCUUAACAGAGCAACCUAACUCGAUUGUACAGUAA